CAGCAUCUCUCUAUUGCCGCCUUCCCUGUUACAGAUAGCACACUCGGGGGGCUCUCCUGGUUUAUCAUUGAUGCUAAACGGGGAAUAUCACCAGUGAAUGCGAUUAUUUGGCCCACCUCCCACUCCUUCGACAUUGUGUGCUACCGUCCUGGAAAACGACCUUUGUUAUCUCUCCCGCAAUCGCGUCUUCGCCGAACAAUGCCCGGUUUCGCACUCUUUUCGAAUGGACAGGGCCAUUUCAGUGUUUAGGGAAUAUACACGCCGCCGCAAAUAUCUGCUAUAAAGAUAUUAGGAGCUCGGGCGAGUACCCGGGUGCCAUGUUAGCGCCAUGGAAGCCGACUGGGAUGAAUUGUCGCGCAUUCCGGUGCCACCUCCAACUCCACAUGGCUUACCCACGAAUGCGACGACAAUAGCCUUUGACGAUGUGAUGGAACUGCUGUGGGUGGGAAACGAAUAUGGCCGAAUUACUUCGUUUUGCGGUCCAGAGUUACAAAGAUAUACCUCUGUUCGCGCACAUGUCUCCGAAGGCCCGGUGCGGCAAAUCCUGUUUCAUGAUAGGGGCGUGAUAUCAUUGUCGCCGAAGAGUGUGCAUAUGAUAACACGGCGUGGUCUGACACAAUGGCAUAUCACCCAUGAAGAAAUGACGGAACUACGUUGCAUGAGUUUCACAGCGCAGUUGAACAAGAUUAUAGUCGCGGGAUGCCAAAAUACGAUGUUUACUAUCGAUAUUGAUAAGGGACAAAUAGUCGACAAGCUACCAACUGAAUAUAAGUAUACCAUGAUGAAAAAGAGUCGGUACCUUUGUGCCGCGACAGAUACGGGAUCAGUUAACGCCUUGAGCCUCUCGGAUUUUCGUGUCGUCAAAUCCUGGAAGGCUCAUGGAACGGCAAUCAAUGAUAUGGAUGCUCGGAAUGACCUUCUGGUCACCUGCGGGUUUUCGGUUAGACACCUUGGGCAACCGAUCGUCGACCCCUUGGCCAACGUUUAUGAUCUCAAAACUCUAUCACCACUCCCUCCUAUACCUUUUCAUGCUGGGGCUGCGUAUGUGCGCAUGCAUCCUAAACUGCAUACUACUAGCUUCGUUGCAUCUCAGAACGGUCAGCUACAAGUUGUUGAUCUAAUGAACCCUAACGCAAUCAACCUACGCCAAGCCAAUGUUUCGUUCAUGCUUGGUAUUGAUUUAUCGCCUUCUGGAGAGGCGUUGGCCAUAAAUGAUGCGGACUGUGCGAUUCACCUGUGGGGUUCCCCUGCGAAGAUACAUUUUAACGAGAUGAGCAAGGAAGUCGAAUUUGCUGAUGUACCCGCACGACCCCCUCCUCUCGAUUGGUCACCAGAUACGCCCUUAAAUAUGAUCGGUAUGCCGUACUAUCAUGAGCGGCUGUUUUCUGCCUGGCCAAGCCACCUUGUUUUUGAAGUCGGCAACCCACCAGCCCCUGUUGACCAGGCACUAAUUCCAUAUCUUCGUCCUGCGGAGAUUGGGCAUUAUGCACCAAACCCAAAAAAGACUCGACGUAAUCAAGUUGAAAACACCCGUGCAUUGGCCACCGCGGAGCCUGCUCUUAUCGCACCGAAGUUUCUGAGUGAAAAGGCAAGAGAACAAAGUAAGGCCAAAUCGGACGGCCUCAUCACCGAUACAGUCGAGGCACUUGCAGGCACGAAGCUUAAUGGCGAAGCGGAUGAUGACCCUCUUCUCAAGUACAGUAACGUCGAGAUCAAGUACAGCCGAUUUGGUGUCGACGAUUUUGACUUUAGAUUCUACAACCAGACCAAGUUUUCUGGCCUAGAGACACACAUUGCGAACUCCUUCACGAAUGCUCUUCUUCAACUCUUCAAGUUCAUUCCCUUGAUACGAAAUGUUGCUCUCCACCACGCUGCGAGUACAUGCAUAUUUGAAAACUGCCUUCUCUGUGAGAUGGGCUAUCUCUUUGAUAUGCUGGAGAAAGCAAACGGUCAGAACUGUCAAGCAACAAACCUCCUGAAAACUUUCAGUAGCUUUCGCGAAGCUUCCAGCUUGGGCCUCCUUGAAGAGAAUCUGACGAAUAAAUCGCUGUCCAACGCAAUUCAGGCUGUCAACAGAUUCUUCCUUGGCCAGAUCUCGCACGAUUUCCGUAUGAUCUCUCCAAACUCAGAUGAUCUUGACCAAAAAUUAGCGACCGUUGCUUCUGAAUCCAUUCGAUGCAUGUUCUGCCAAAAAGAAAUUAUUCGACCCGGAAAUUCACUGGUCAACGAGUUGAUCUAUCCGGCAAUUGAUCUAAAACAGAUUCGUAGGAACCCUGCGUACCGUUUCUCAAAUAUUUUACGGGCAAGCAUCGAGCGUGAGACUCAAAACAGGGGAUGGUGUAAUUACUGCCGACGUUAUCAGCAAGUGGCAAUCCGAAAGACGGUGCAUCGUAUGCCGCUCGUUAUGAUGCUCAACACCGCACUCAAUAACCCUAUCUGCAGGCGGCUUUGGGCGAUCCCUGGAUGGUUGCCAGAAGCAGUUGGCCUUGUGGUUGAUGCGGGCCAGAUUCUGUGCUUUGAAGGAGAAGACCUUCGAAUGCGGAUACAGAGCAACAUGCCGGGCCUUGUGGUGUAUGAAUUGGUGGGCGUGGUUUCAGAAAUCGAUAUACCCGAGCAUCAGAAAGCUCAUCUUGUCUCCUUUAUUAAUGUUUCCAUCUCUUCCCGUGAACCAGAGGCCGGAAGUAAAUGGCACUUAUUCAAUGAUUUCCUAGUUACAGAGGUAGACAAGGAUGAAGCCCUCCGAUUCAAUCAACCAUGGAAAGUGCCAUGUGUGGUGGCGUAUCAAGUGAAGGACGCCCGUCAUGCUAUGGACGAUACAUGGAAGAAACUUCUCGACACGACUCUUCUUUUCCGCGACUGGUCACUUAAUGGUGGUCGUUCCGUGGAUUCACUUGUAACGCUUUCUGAGGAGGAGAAACCGACCCCAGGUACUCCCGUUGCUCUCGAUACAGAGUUCGUUGAUCUCGAGAAAGCGGAGAUCGAUGUGAAAGCCGAUGGUUCCCAGGAAAUUGUACGACCCAGCAAAAGCGGUCUUGCUCGUGUCUCCGUACUCAGAGGCUCAGGAGUCCGAGAAGGUGCGCCGUUCAUCGAUGACUAUAUCACAAUCAAAGAGACGAUUGUUGAUUAUGUCACUCAAUACUCUGGUAUCAAGCCUGGAGACUUGGACCCGAGAACAAGCCAGCACAAUCUUGUCCCACUUAAAGUUGCCUAUAAGAAGUUGUGGCUGCUCCUCAACCUGGGCUGCAUUUUUGUUGGGCACGGAUUGGCCUCUGAUUUCCGCAAGAUCAACAUCCAAGUUCCCAAGAGUCAAACAGUCGAUACGCAAUAUUUGUUCUUCCACCCUGGUAAGAAUCGGCGUCUCAGUCUUCGGUACUUAGCCUGGGCCGUGUUCAAGGAAUACAUCCAAGAAGAACCCUCCGAUAAUAACCAAGGUCAUGAUUCCAUUGAAGAUGCUCGCAUGGCUCUACGUCUUUGGAAGAAGUUCCAGGAGUAUGAAGACGCAGGGGUGGUGGCACAAAUCCUCGAGGAACUAUUCCGCGAGGGAACUAAACUCGGGUUCCGACCACCCGCUCGGAAUGGCGCUGCGACCGUCCUAUCUAGGCCUGGAACUGCAGUGACGAUGCAAAAUAACAGCGGUAGGAACACCCCCAGCACUCCUGAAGUGACUGGCCCAGCUGCCAGCGCGCCUACUACGCCCAGACAGGGAUUUCGACGUUCGGUUGCCCUGACUCCCAGCAACGGCAGCUUUGCUGGUCCGGGCACAGGAGACUUUUUUGGUGGAAGUCCAUUGAAAUGACCACUCAUGUUGUGGGGAUUUCGAACUGACGAUUGCUUAUGAUGGUAUGAUUUGUCAUAGGACUAGAUAGAGAUACUACUUUAGUGUUACUGUACCCCGUACGUAGCACUUCGUUUCGG